AGUGAUCUGUGGUUGACACUUAGUUAGACCUAACCUAAUACAGCUAUUUUUUAUCAUUAGUUCCAACUUCCAAGUUUUACGAUCAACGUUAUAAUAAAUUAAAUAUUAACAUUAAUUUUACAUUCAUAUGAUCAAGGGUGAAAUUUUGCGGUAGCAACCAUUAGUUCAAUCCGUACACUUUAAAUAUCAAGAAAUAUAAUGGCAAAAUUGGAACUAUUGCAAUCAAUUAAUGGUCACAAGGGUAUAGUGUGGAAUGUAUCGUGGCACCCUCUUGGCAAAGUAUUUGCAUCUUGUGGCGAAGAUAAAAUAAUCAAACUAUGGAGUAAGGAAGGAGAAACUUGGACAAUGAAAACUGUAUUAGUGGAUGGUCACCAGCGCACUAUUAGAGAAGUUGCAUGGUCUCCUUGUGGAAAUUUCUUGGCAUCAGCUAGUUUUGAUGGAACUACAGCUGUGUGGGAUAAAAAAAGUGGUCAAUUUGAAUGCAAUGCGACACUAGAAGGACAUGAGAAUGAAGUAAAGAGUGUUGCUUGGUCACCUUCUGGUCAACUCCUAGCAACUUGUGGCCGAGAUAAAUCAGUGUGGGUAUGGGAAGUAGCUGGAGAAGACGAGUAUGUCUGUGAGGCAGUACUGAAUGCACACAAUCAAGAUGUGAAGAAAGUUGCAUGGCAUCCAUCUUCAGAUAUUUUAGCUUCAGCUUCAUAUGAUAACACUGUUAAGAUGUAUAAGGAAGAUCAGUUGGAUAGUGAUUGGACCUGUAUUGCAACAUUGCAGUCGCAUGAAUCCACAGUGUGGAGCUUGACAUUUGAUAAGACUGGUAAAAGAUUGGCAACUUGCAGUGAUGACAGAACUGUCAAAAUUUGGCAAGAAUAUGGUCCAGACAAUCAAGAGGGUGUCAACGUUGAGGACAGAGAGUCAAGUUGGAAAUGUGUCUGUACACUAUCUGGAUAUCAUACAAGAUGCAUCUAUGACAUCACUUGGUGUGCUUCAACAGGGCUAAUUGCCACUGGUUGUGGGGACGAUAUCAUAAGAGUUUUUAAAGAAGCUGAUGACUCAGACCCUAAUGCACCCACUUUUGAUCUAAUUUGCACAAAACAAAAUGCACAUUCUCAAGAUGUUAACUGUGUGCAGUGGAACCCCUCUGGAAAUCAAGAACUGGUCUCUUGCAGUGAUAAUGGUGAAAUUAAAAUAUGGAAAUUUACUGAACAGUAGAAUUUCAAGAAAUGCAUUAAACACUCUGACAGGACUGCAAUUAUUAUUAUUUGAAAGUGACCUUUAGUUGUUUCUACUUGUUAAUGAAUUCUGUAUAGAAUUGUUUGUACAAAUGUAUGUAAAGUUAUUACAAAUAAAUUUUGUUUGUUUUUGUAAUAUAGUUUUUAAUUAACUGUACCA